GGAAAAUUUGUGACGUACAAAGAGCAAUAUGGCGAACGUCAUCGGUAGUUUUUAAUCGUCAAUGAAAAAAGAAUUUUGUGCAAGUUUUAAUUGACGAGUAAGCAAAUAUGUCGGAUUACUUGAGAUCCGCUCUUGGAUAUUUAAAUGGAGGCACAAAUUCGAACGAAUAUGUUGGUCAAAUUGUGGAAAUUAACAAUGUAAAACUCCGAGUGAAUAGACUUAUCGCAGAGGGUGGUUGUGCUUUGGUGUUUGCCGUAGAGGAUGUAAAUACAGGAAAGGAAUAUGCUUUAAAAAAACUCGUUGCCGUUGAUGAGGAAGCAAACAGAAGUGUCUUACAAGAAAUAGAAACAUUAAAAGCCGUAUCCGGUCAUUCGAAUAUAAUUCAAUUUUUAUGCGUUCAUCGAAUAGAACGUGAGGAUCGAAAGAGUUGUGAAUAUUUAUUAGUCACAGAAUAUUGUCCCGGUGGUACAAUUGCCGAUAUUCUUCGAAAUGUUUCGGUAAAUUCGCUGACAGUCGCUCAAGUCUGUAGAAUAGCUUAUCAAGCAACAAGAGCUGUUCAUCAUAUGCAUAGUCAAGAACCACAACCAAUUGUCCAUCGUGAUAUAAAGUUGGAAAACUUUUUGAUUGGAGGCGAUGGAUUGGUUAAACUCUGCGAUUUUGGCAGUGUCACAACACAACAAAUUUUACCCGAUUCUUCAUGGAAUGCACAGAAGAGAGCAACUCUUGAGGAUCACAUGGCUAAAUUUACCACACCCAUGUAUCGAGCUCCAGAAAUAACAGACACUUGGAAUAAUGAACCAAUUGGUCCACCUGUCGAUUGUUGGGCUCUCGGAUGUAUUCUCUACGCUUUAGUUACACUUCGUCAUCCGUUUCCCGAAGGCAAUAAAUUAGCAGUUCUUAAUGCAAAGUACGCGCCCCUACCACCGAAUCCUCGUUACGCUUGCUUCCAUGAUUUAAUAAAAGGAUGCUUACAAAUUUCUCCCGUUCAACGACUCACAACAUCGGCCUUGCUUGAACGUUUAGCUGCAAUCGCCGAGUCAAAUAAUUUCGAUCCGAGAGAACCACCGAAAAUUGAUGUCGUUAUUAAACCACCAGCACCGCCUAGACCUGCGCCUCCACCUCCUACAUCGCCUGCACCACCUCCACGACCACCGCCUGCAACUAGUGCUGCUGCUGCCACCGUCUCGUCGGCUGCACCACCACAACCACCACAGAGACCAGUUCCAAUGUCUCAUCCUUCAAAUCAAAGAAUACCCGUAGCUCAAUCCAGUGGAUUAUUUAGUUCGAUAAAAGGUGGUGCCGGAAGUAUUUUACGUAAUUUAAAAGACACUUCGAGUAAGGUGAUGCAUACCGUUCAACAGAGUAUGGCGAGAACAGAAUUGGAUGCAAGUUAUUUAACGUCACGAAUUUUGGUGAUGCCAUAUCCGGCCGAUGGAAUUGAAUCUGCAUAUAGAGCAAAUCAUGUUGAAGAUGUGAGGGCAUUUUUGCAAGCUCGACAUCCACCGCCAGCGAAAAUUCAAUUGUAUAAUUUGUCACGAGGACGACCAAAUGUUUCACGUUUACCGGGAAGGCAUAUUGAUUGUUCAUUUGCUUAUUCGUCUGCUGAUUCAAAUGCACCACUUUUAUCAGCAAUUUAUCAAAUUUGCCAGGAUAUUUAUCGAUACUUGGAUUCUGAUUUUAAUCACGUUGUUGUUUUAUACUGCACAGACGGCUUUCGAGCAAGUGCAACAGUAGCCUGUGCAUUAUUGCUUUACUCGGGUACAUUUACAACGAGUGACGAAGCAAUAUCUUUAUUUACAACGAGACGCUGCCAACCACCUCAAUUACAGCCCUCUGAAUUGCGAAUAGUAAAAUAUAUGGGUCACUUGAGUGUUGGAAAAUUACCACAUUCAAAGCCAUUAGUUCUUCGUUCUCUUCUGAUUCAACCCGUGCCUCUCUUUACACGAGCUAAGGACGGAUGUCGUCCCUACGUGGAAAUUUACAGUAAUGGAGCAUUAGUUUUUUCAACAAAACGCGCUGAAUAUGAGGAAAUGAAAUUAUUCAGUUUAAUGGAAGGAAAAGUCUGUUUAAUAUUAGGUGAAGCAACAGUUAGAGGUGAUAUUACAAUUGUUGUUUAUCACGCACGUCAACAAUUGGGAAGAGUUAUUGGUAUAAAAAUGGCAGCAAUGCAUUUUCACACCGGUUACGUUCCAUUGAAUGAAAGUACUUUAAUAUUUGAGAAACAAGAUUUGGAUGAUACACCAGAAAUCGGUGGUAAUUUUCGAUUGGUAUUGAAUGCAAUGAUUAGUGAGGAGUCGGGUAAAACAGCACGAGUUCCAUCACCAUGGGAAGUGGAAACAGCAGCGAAACCAAUUCCUGAUCCUCUUUUUGGUUCAACUUUAGAAAUGGAGGAGACUUUGGAAAAUUUCCGAACGACUGAUAAAUGCGUGAAGACACCGGAGGAAACGCCUCUUGUUGAAGAAACAGAAAAUGAUGAACAAAUAUAUUCUCCGGAGGAGUCGUCGCAGGAAGAGAAGACUGUGAAGAUUGAACAAAAUGAAGACUAUGCGAAAUUUGCAGAGGCUGAUUUACUCAAUCUUGGAAUGCCUGAUUUUGGUGGGAAUUUGAUCUCGAACAUUAGUAAUCCUCCCCCAACUCCUGUUAAUCCAGGAUUAGAUAUAUUUUCUAAUUCUAGUCAAAAUGAAAGUGAUCUCUUGGAAGGUUUUGGUGAAUUUCAUCAGCAUACAUCAAAUCCUCCGCCUAAUAUUAACGAAUCGCUCUCUAGUGAUCUAUUAUUUGGAUCAACUCAACCACAACCAUCAAAUGGAUCGACAAAAAAUGCAAAUAUGAACGAUUUACUCUUUGGACAGGGACAAACAUCAAAGCAGGCACAAACUCAAAAUGCCGAUAUGCUCUUUGAUCCACUUGGUGGUUGGCAAAAUUCAAAUACAACAACAAAUGCUCCAAAGGCAAACAACGAAGAAAAUUUCCCACGUAAUUCCAGUGUUCCAAAUUUUGCAGCACAAAAUAAAGAUCCAUUUGCAAAUUUAACUGGAACUUUAGGUGGUGGAUUGACUGGUAGUUGGAAUGGUACUCCAAGAGAAGCUAAUACUCCACAAUCCGCUAGUCCUGCAACUGGAGGUACUCCAGUGCAUUCUAGUCAGCGGAUGCACAAAUCUAAUACGUCCAAUGAUACGAACAGUGGUAAUGAUUCGAAUGCGGCGAAUAGUAAACCAACAAAGUCUGGUGAUGCUUUCGAGGAUUUAUUGGGAAGUCAGGGUUAUAAUUUCUUUAGUAGUAGAAAAGCUGAGAAGGAGAGUCCAAAGACAAUAAAUCAGAUGCGUAAAGUUGAGGCUGCCAAGACAAUGGAUCCGGAUCGACUGAAAAUAUCGGAGUGGACUGAAGGGAAGAAGAGCAAUUUGCGAGCGCUUCUUUGUUCGAUGCAUACGGUCAUUUGGGAGGAUUGCAGAUGGCAGAAGUGUGAGAUGCAUCAGCUCGUUUCGCACGCGGAUGUCAAGAAGGCUUAUAGAAAAGCUUGUUUAUCUGUUCAUCCAGAUAAGCAAGCCGGCACGAAUAAUGAAAAUAUAGCAAAGCUUAUUUUUAUGGAAUUAAACAAUGCUUGGAGUGCAUUUGAAAAUGACACGAGUCAACAAAAUUUAUUUAGCUAAUUAUCGUUGGUAAUAUUCAUUGUUAAAUUUAAAUGAAAAUCUACUCUUUACCUCUUCGAUUAAAAUUUAAACAUUACUUGAGAGAUGAAAAAAAGACGUAAUUACAUUACGUUUUUAUUGUAAGAUACAAGAAAAAAAAGGAAAAUGUCCUAUUCGCAUUCCUAUUAAGUUUAUUUAGGUUUAGGUUCAGAGCAACGUAUUAGAAGAAAAAAAAGAAAAAUAAUUGUAAGCAAAUGGCGUCUAUUAGGCACGCUCUAUUUAUGAAGAAACAAAAAUUUACGUACGAGUGUAGAUAUUAUGCUUAAAAAGUGGCGUCUAAUUGCAUAUGUAUAUAAGGCAGUGUAAAUUAAAGAAAAAAAUCUAAAUAUAAAAAAAAGUAUUUUCUGUGCGAAUA